GCGUCCAGCUGCCGGAUGUUCUGCCCGGCCGGGUUCGCCAAGGACCUGGCGUCCGGCUGUCCGGUUUGCCGGUGCCGCGAUCCGUGCGAGGACAUCCAGUGCCCGGGCGGGCAACAGUGCGAACCGCAGGAAGUGCAGUGCAAAACCGAACCCUGCCCACCGGUUCCGACGUGUCGCCAGGCGCGCAGUUUGAACGACCUGUGCCCGGCCGGCCAACCGUUGGCCAUCUCUGGCACGGUGCGCCCCUUCUUGUGCGGAAACGAUCCUGGCAAACCGGGCUGUCCACCGCUGUACCGGUGCCUGGUGCAGGGUCGCAACGACUACGGUGUCUGCUGUCCGGCCUCACUACAGUUCGAGAAGCCGGGCAGUUGCCCGAAGCCGAACGAGAUCGAAUCGACGGCCAGCGCCGGCUUCCUGUGCGGGACGCCUUGCGGCCACGACCUCGAGUGCCCGCAGAUGCAGAAGUGCUGCCAGUCGGACGGAUGCGGACGGAACUGCCAGCACCCCCACAACGUGACCGUGUGCCAUCAGGCGCGCAUGCUGUCGGAGUUGCUGUCGGUGAACGAGCGCGAGGGCCGCGGGUAUGUGCCGCAGUGCGACGGGCCCGGUGGUAGCUUCUCUACCCGUCAGUGCUCCCGCAACGGGCUGGUGUGCUGGUGUGUCGAUCCGAAGAGUGGCAACAAGAUCAAGGGAACGAUGGGAGCGGCCUCGGCGGUGAACUGCGAGGCGGCGGAGAACAUGAUCGCUGGCCGUGCCGGAGCCAGGAGUGUGGACUCAGGCGUCCAGGCACUGUGCGAUCACAACAUAUGCGCGGCGGUCUGUGAGUAUGGCUUCCGGAACGACCACAACGGGUGCCCGACCUGUGAGUGCUCGGAACCCUGCGAAGGCUACCUCUGUCCCGGCGGGUCUCACUGUGAGGUGGCAAAGGACCCCAAGUGCGAAGCCUAUUCCGGGCUCUGCUCGUCCGAACCGGUCUGCAAACCCGACCUGGUGUACUCGAACCCGUGCGAGAUCGGCACGCCGCUGGCGGACAACGUGACCGGUGAACUGCUGUUCUGUCAUAUGGACCGACCGAGGGGCCGCGAAUACCAGAGUCGCAGCUUCUUCGAUGAGGACGACGAGGAAGAGAACGGUCGCAAGCGAUCGAUGUCCAGCACGAUCGUGUGCCCCGCGGAUACGCACGAGUGCCGCAAGCUGCACGGAGAGUCACGCAGCGUCUGCUGCCCUCUGGUGAACGAAACCGACGAUACGGACACCGCCAGCGAAGAACGCCAGCAAACCAUGUGUGAGUAUUUGCGCGACUUUUCGGAUCGCAUGGAGGGAACGGUGGAAGGGAUGGAGCUGGCUCUUCCCCCACCGGCCUGCACCUCGGACGGAGGCUACCAGGCGAUGCAGUGUGUCAGCCGCGUACGUAAGGUCAAAGCGUCGGAGCAGCGAAAGUACCACGAGCAGAACAGUAUCCGGAGGAUGCGGAAGCUGCUCGAGGAUGCUUCGGCGGGUCAGCCGGAGGUCACCGUGACGACCCCGGUCCGUGCGCGCCGGGCAGUGAAUCCUGCGCCGGACAGUACACUGAAGCUGCUGCCGGUCGCCACCGUGCAGGGCCGUUCGGCGAAGAUCAUCGACUUUAAUCGGCUGGAAUCGCAAAACGUACACUCGAACCGGGACAAACCGGAAAUCAAACCGUCGACGUUGCUCAAGCGCCCCCUGGUGGUACCGACGGUGCCGACACCGGCCCAGGAGCAGCUGGUUGAGGUCGAGCUGGAGGAGUGCUGGUGUGCCGACGGGUUCGGCACGGAGAUUCCGAAGACCCGCGGGUUCAACGCCACCACCAAGAGCUGCGAGGCGCUCCGGGAGGCGCUCGGCUGUCUGGAUCUGACGUGCCGCAUGGGCUGCGAUUACGGGUUCGUGUUGGAUCCGGACACGCAGUGUCCUUCGUGUGAGUGCCGCGAUCCGUGCGACAGCAUUGGCUGCCCGGAUGGGCAGGAGUGUCGCUCGGUAGAGGUGUCCUGCGAAGGCGAAUACUGUCCGCCCGUGCCGGCCUGCUUCCCGAAGAAGCCGGGACAGUGCCCGUUCCUGGUGCCACCCGGCGCCGAGAACUCGGAGUCGGACUCGUGCGAGUACGAGUGCCGUACCGAUGCUCACUGUGAUGGGCCGAAGCGUUGCUGCUCGAAUGGCUGCGGAACGCAGUGCGUGGAGCCACAGCUGAAAACGGCCUGCCAGCAUCUGCAAACCAUCCAGCUGCACCAGGCGUCGGAGUUGGGUAUCCCGCCGAAGCAGAAGUACAUUGCCCAGUGCGACAUCGACGGUAGCUUCCGUACGAUCCAGUGUGGUCCCGGCAAUGCGUGCUGGUGCGUGGACGAGUUCGGGAACGAGAAGAGUGGAACGCGCACCACCAACGGCCAACCGGACUGCGAGCUGUACCCGAAGACGGAGUGUCCACUGCUCAAGUGCCGCCCGUGCGAGUACGGCUACAGGAUCGACGCCGACGGGUGCAAAACCUGCGACUGCCGGGACCCGUGCGGUGAGAUCUCGUGUCCGCGCGGCGAAGACUGUCAGCUCAUUCAGGUCGAGUGCAUAUCCGUGCCGUGUCCGAAGAUGCCGAUCUGUGUGCCGAUCCGGGAAUCGGUCUGCCCCGAGGCGUUACCGCUGCGCUCGAACGGCCGGGAGAUCGUGUGUGGACCCCAGACCGACGCCGACACGUGUCCUUCGACGCACAUCUGCCAGCUGAACCCGAUCAGCAACCGUGGUGUUUGCUGUGGAAAGACAAGAGACGUGUGCUUCGAGUCGAUCGACCAAAGCUGCCUGGUGACGGACGCGGUGAGUGGCGGUGAAAGCAACGAACUGGAAACGAUCGUCCGGUGGCGCUUCAGCCCACGGAUGAACAAGUGCGUCCCGGUGACGUUGCCGCGUGGCACCUUCUGCCAGUCGAAAAACCUCUUCCACAGCGAGGCAGCCUGCAACGGCGUCUGUCCGGUCCUAUCACAAUGCGAACGGUUACGGUUGAAGAACACGAUGGCAGCGAAACGGGCCGGUCAACCGAACACCUGGUUCCAGCCACGCUGCGAUCCCGAGACGGGCUUCUGGAGCCCGGUGCAGUGUCUGGGCUCGAUGGCACCACCACAGAACGGGACGACGACCGCCGAAACCGAGGCCACCGUCGGGGUGUGCUGGUGUGCGGAUAAGAAGGGUGCCCCGGUGAAGGGCUCGCUGACGAAAGGUUCCGAACCGAAGUGCAGCAGCCGCCAGGCGCGACGUCGUGGGGAUUCCGCGGACUCCGCUUCCUCCAGCGAUCCCGUGAUGGAAGAGCUGAUACGACAGAUUACGUUCCUGGUGGACGAAAACAACUACCUGGUGGAUGAGGACCUGGAACCGGUACAGCCGGUGUCCGUGACCAGUACGAACUACGCACCGGAACCACGCUACAUCGGAACGGUUUCAUCCGUCACCGAGAAAGUCAUCGAGCUGGCGAGAACCGCGGAAAGCCGUAACUACAUCAGUGACUCGCAAGAGCCGAUUGCCAAGCGGCUUGGCGCGUCGGCCACUCGUUGUCAGGCGCUGCAGCUUGCCGCUUCCUUCCCGGUGGCGUGUGACGCGAAAGGAGCCUUCGAACCGAUGCAGUGCAAUGGUGACACGUGCUGGUGUGUCGAUGCGGCCGGCAAUCAGCUUCCGCUGUCGAGCACGUUUAAACGCGCCACUCGCUCUUGUCUCUUCACACCGAUCGACGUGGUGGAGAUUGAGCUGCGUUUGAACAAUGCGCACCAACGAUCGUUGGUCCACGUGUACGAAACCCUGCGCACGGAGCUGACGGCACUGGUGGGUAGCAUCUUCGACAACUAUCGUGUGCAGGAAAACUCCGACGCCAGCGUCACGCUGCGGUUUGAUCUAAUCGAAGCCAACAAAGUGGACGACGCGUACGCGAUUGAGGAGAUGGUACGGGAAGGCUCCUUCGCCCUGUACCAUGGUCACCUGAUAGCGGACAUGACACAGUCCAGGUUCGCCCACCGUAUCUCCGCUGGGCUUCCGCUGGCGCAACCAUCGUCCGGGAUCCCGGAGAACACGUUCCAGACGAUCGUGUUCGUGCUGGCCACCGCGUCCGCCUUUCUGGUGGCCAUCUUUGUCGUGUUCGUCAUGCUCAAACGGGGCCGUGGGACGAAGGCGAAACACUACCAGAGCGGAGAGAAGGUGUUCGCGAUCGGGGCCGACAAGUACGUCGACUACAGUUCACCCAUCUUUGUGCUCAGUGCCAACGACAGCAAGUCGCUUCACCAGCAACAUCCCCACGAGCGGGCGAACUAAUCAGUCGAACGUCGUUGAUAAGCCAUCCCCCGGCACAGCGGUGUUAGCGGUGGCGGAGUGAGGACUACCGAUUUCUGGUGGAACUGACGGACGUCGUUCUACACUGUUACCUCCUUCACUCCACUACGCAAAGGUUUCAGGGUAGCUGAUGCCGAGGGGUGUCGUUGGCCGAUGGUGCUUAGUAACGGAAGCCGGACUUUUUCGGGCAGUGACAGUUUUUUCUAAACCUCCACUACGGCGGCACGCGAAAUGUUCGAUUUUGUUGUACAUAUUAUGGAUUACUAUUGGUCCCGAGAAGAAUGGGCCGACAAUUUGUGUUUGGUCUGUAACGGAUUAGUCCGUUUCUUCGUCAAAAAUUCGUUUCUUCAUCAUUUUUUUCAUUUUCUUCUCAUCCGUCGGACCAAUUUUACAAUUUUUUUUAUUUGUUAGCCACGUUGCUGGUUUUAGUUUGGCGUAGUCUGUUCACUAGGACCACUCGGAAUGGGCGCGCGAAGAGCCUCCGCGAUGUGUAUGUUGUGUCGUGCGAUUGGGUUGUGUAAAUAAAAUGUACUUGUCAAACUGAUGAAAAUAACUGGUAAAGCAACCCACAAUGGACCUGGACAUCAACAAGACUGUGUCCGCCAGAGAGAGAGAGAGAGAGAGCGUCAUGGACGAUGGAUACUUCUUAGGCUGGCGCUGGAAGCGUAGCAAGUGUUUCGAGAAAGUAGGAAGCCCUUUAGUGUAAGACAUAGCAUUUCUCUUCCCUCGCUUUGCUCUCAUCAACGGCCGGAAGCAUCACAUAGUUCUUGUUCUUUAUCAAUGUUUAAAAGCCCACUGGUGGGAAAGUACUACAGUACUGCCCAGUUCAUCAGGGCAUGGCGAGCGUCAAUGAGAAAUGUGCUAUUUAUUUAUUCUCUCCUUCGUGCACCCCUUUCUGUCCCCUCACGUUUUUCCUUACGCAGGAUGUGUCCUAUCAAGUGUCUCUAACCACAUCGUGGCGCGGCUUCCAAACAGCAUACGAUGCGUUUGGUGAUGGCCGUUUGGUGCUCUUAACACUCAACCUUUUACCCCGAUCCAGCUCCAGUAACUAACCAACCGUGCGGCGCGGUGUGUUGCUUUAUUUCCACUACUCUUUUUCGGCAAAAUUGUAAAUAUGAUCCGCUGAUAAAUGAGUGAUAAAAGUACGACACAGGAAAGGCAAUAGACAGGCAGAGCAAGGAAAUACAAAAGAUAAAUGGGAAAACUCCGAAAACUGGACGAUAGUGCAGCUGAAACUGCACAAAACAGCGGUUCCGCGGUUAUUUGUCAACUCUGUUAUUUUGUUUUG